AAUUAAUCAACGAUCAUCUUGAACAACACGAUCCUGAAAACGCCGACGUCCCUCUACAACUCCAGCCUUAUUGUCCUUUUUGUUUUCCCCAACCGGAAGAAUAUACUCUCCCGUUUCGACGAUUCUGGCUUUGGAUAGAGUCUGCUGACUCGAACGAAGACAAUUCGGAGGAUUGUUAUUCAGAAACAGUUGACGUCGAAACACAGACCGAAGGAAGUAAUUCCGAACAAGUUAUCGAGAAAAUAUUCGACAACGAAGAAACUAGUGAAAACAACGAGGAAAAGGAAAUCACCGACGAAGAAAUUGAAAAUAUCGAACAAGAAGAAUAUUUAGAAUUAUCAUCGGAAGAAGAAGACGAGAUGGCAAACGUAGCCGACGUAUUGAAUGCUCCCCCUCAGUCCGAUAAUUACUGGAACAACAAUGGAAGUAAUAAUAAUAAUCGAAAUAAUUGGCGUAGUCGAAGUAAUGGAAUGCCCAACCCGCAAAACAAUAACCGUCCGAAUUUGGAAAAUCGAUCAACGAACAAUGGACAAACAGAUGAUCAUAGAAAUGUAGAGAAUACAUUUUUAGCUCAAAUACAAGAACUAACAAAGGCAAUUCAAAAACAAGGGAAUGAACGAGUAAAUAAUACUUCCCAUACAACAGCCCUCUUAGCGGAACAUGAAUACUUAGCCGGAGAACGAAAAAGGACUCGCAUUAACGAAGCUGGUGAAUCUGCGGAUACUA